AUGGCCAUCCUGUCGACCUUCUGGCUGCUCUCGUCCACCUCAACCACCUCCCAAGCCCUAGGGUUCGGCCACGAACGGAAGAUCAUCCACCAUUCCCCCGAGACAGACAUCAUCCUCGUCACCGACGUCUCCGAAUACUUCGCCGACAUCCCGAUCGAGAAGCCCUUCAAGAUGAAAUACGGCGAACUCGGUCGCCGCAACCGACUCAUGGCCAAAUGGCUCUCCCUCGCCGCCGCAUCCCAAGACCCGACGACCCAAAUCUACCUCGACGCUGUCGAACGCAUCUGCAUCACCCAAUACAUCUUCCUUAAGAACCCCCAAAACACCACCUCCCAACACCCCGUCGCCGACCUCCGCGCCACCUUCACCCGGGGCUCAGCCGGAAUCGUCAUCCCAACCAGCGACAAAACCCUGCGAUACGCAGCACACCUCAUCGGCUCGCUGCGCACCGUUCUCGCCUCCACCCUCCCCAUCCAGGUCGUCUACGCAGGCGAUAGCGACCUCUCCGCAACCAGCCGCGCCCACCUGGCCAGCCUAUCCGGCACAGGCCCGGCCAUCGAAUUCCUCAACAUCCUCACCAUCUUUGACGACACGACCCUCCAACUGCAAAGCGGCGGAUGGGCCAUCAAGGCCUUCGCGGCGCUGGGCUCGCACUUCGAAACGGUGAUCCUCGCCGACGCAGACGCCGUCUUCCUCCAACCCCCCGAGGUCCUGCUACAGCAUCCCGCGGUCGUACAAAAGGGUGCCCUCCUCUUCCACGACCGUCUCCUCUGGCAAUACGCCUUCGCAGACCGCCACGACUGGUGGCACUCUCAAAUCCUACACCCCAGCCCCGAAAUGAACGCGUCGCUGGUCUGGACGCAGCAGUACGCCGAGGAGGCGGACUCCGGCCUCGUGGUGCUGAACAAGGGCCGCCCCGAUACCUUCAUGGGUCUGCUGCAUAUCUGCUGGCAGAACUCGUAUGAGGUGCGUGAGGAGACCACGUACAAGAUCACCCACGGCGAUAAGGAGAGCUGGUGGUUGGGGCUGGAGCUGGCCGGCGCCCAGUACGAGUUCUCCAAGCAUUAUGGCGGUAUUGUCGGGUGGGAGGAUGUGGAUGAUGAGGGGAGGAAUGGCGUGUGCAGUUUUGUUAUUGCGCAUGUCGAUGCCAAAAAUCGGCUGUUGUGGUAUAAUGGCAGUCUGCUGAAGAAUAAGGGGCAGAGCGAUAUGGAGUUUGUUUAUCAGGUUCCUGAGAAGUGGAUGAUUGAUGCCCAGUGGGUGAAGGGGGCCAGGAAGCAGGAUCAUAGUUGUAUGGUUGGGGGUGAGGUGAGGAGUCUCACGGCUGAUGAGUUUGGUGUUUUGACUCGCUCGAUUGAGCUGGCGAAGACGAUUGAUGAGUUGGUGUAUCCGGUUUGA